GCCAGGAACGGGGCCGGGAUCGGGGCCAGGAGCAGGACCGGGGCCGCAAGGUGCCGCUGCUCCGCGCGCCGCCGCCGCCAUGGCCGCCCCGCCUCAGCCCCCCGUCAUGGCCGCCCCACAGACGGCGCCGCCGCCGCCCGCCCGCCGCUGCCGCCCGUCCGCCGAGCCGCUCCUCUUCCUCGCCACGCUGUCCCUCGGCCUGCAGGGCCCGCUGGCCACCCAGUACCUCUGGGACCGCCUGGGCGCCGAGCGCGGCUACAGCGGCCCCAACGGCAGCAGCCCCGCGGGCUGCGGGAACGGCAGCGGCGGCCCCGACCCGCUGCGGCAGGAGGUGGAAGCAUUGGUCUCCCGCUGGAACCUCUACAUCAACCUCGGGGGCUUCUUCGUGGGGCUCUUCUCCGUGACGCUCUUCGGGCCAUGGAGCGACAGCGUGGGCCGGCGGCCGGCGCUUGUCCUGCCGGCGGUGGGCAUGGCCGUGCAAGCGGCCAUCUACCUCCUCGUCAUGUACCUGCAGCUGCACGUCGCCUACUUUCUCCUCGGGCGCCUUCUGAGCGGCCUCCUGGGUGACUACAACCUGAUCCUGGCCAGCUGCUUCGCCUACGUGGCCGACACCAGCGACAAACGCGCGCGUACAUUUCGUGUCGCCAUCCUCGAGGCUUGCCUCGGCGUCGCGGGCAUGCUGGCCAGCAUCGGCGGCGGCCAGUGGCGCAAAGCACAGGGGUACAUCAACCCCUUUUGGCUCGUGCUCGCCACCAGCCUCGCUGCUGCUCUCUAUGCUGCUUUCUGUCUUCAGGAGUCGGUGAAGCAGCAGAAGCCGGCCAAGCUGCUGACUCUCAGCCACUACAAGGCUGUCUACAAGCUGUAUACGGCCCCAGAGCACCUGAGCUCCAGGCGGAAGCUCGCCCUUUACUCCCUGGCUUUCUUUCUUCUUGUCACUGUACAUUUUGGAACCAAGGACCUUUUUGUUUUGUACGAACUUGGCUCCCCUCUCUGCUGGGCCUCUGAUCUCAUCGGGUAUGGCUCAGCUGCCAGUUACCUGGCUUACCUGAGCAGCCUGGGAGGGCUGCGGCUGCUGCAGCUGUGCCUUGAAGACACCUGGGUGGCAGAGAUAGGAUUGAUUUCCAAUAUUUCUGGACUGGUUGUGAUUUCCCUUGCUACUACAACACCACUGAUGUUUACAGGUUAUGGAAUUCUGUUCCUUUCCAUGGCAGCUACUCCAGUCAUCAGAGCCAAGCUCUCCAAGCUGGUUGGUGAGACAGAACAGGGUGCUCUCUUCGCGUCUGUUGCCUGUGUGGAAGGGCUGUGUUCACUUGUGGCCACAGGAGUGUUCAACUCUCUCUACCCUUUGAGCUUGCACUUCAUGAGGGGAUUCCCCUUUCUCUUUGGGGCUAUAAUUCUUCUUAUUCCAGCAGCUAUUGUCGGGUGGAUAGAAAUCUGGGACUCAAACCCUGAGUACAGUCACUUCUCAGAUGCUUCCCUGUCCCCUGCAGAUGGCUGAGCAGCAACUUAGCAACAAGGAAUUGGCCGGCUUGGCAGCGUCCCUCUGGAGACUGCUCUUUGUUCUUCCCUUGAAGAACAGAUUAGCGUGAGAAGGACGCCGUGGUUGUCCUUACUGAUUUUUAAAUGCCACAUAGUUGGAAAUCAUGGCUCUGACUGCUAGGAGGAACUUGAUUUGCAGAUGUGAAUUCCUCUUUGCUGUUGUGUUGACUCAUCUGUCAGAGAAAACCCAAAGGACUUGAAAGCCAAUCCAGAGUAAAAGCUGUUGUUGGCCAUUUGCAAGGCCAGUUAGUGGCGUGGUUUGGUUUGUGAGGUGGGGGGAUAGAUAAUGUGCUAUGCUUUUAGUGGUGAGAGAGGACUGAAUUCUGGUUUAAUUGCCAAACGUUCUUCUCUGAGUACUUCAGCGUGCAGCAGAAGAACUGUUGGUGUGGGUGAGGCCCAGACCAAAGCCUGCUGGACAGGACUGAAGCAGAGGUAGCCCAGCAGUGUUCUGCUGGGGAGGAGGGUCUGUGCUCCAAAUCGGUGUGUUGUGAAUAUUAGUCUCCUGAAUAUUGCAGGUCAGUGCUGUUGGGGUGAGCUGUUAAGGGGAGAGGGCUAGUGUGUUUGGAAAUAAAUUUGUUUUGUUUUUUUUUUGGGACACAAUUAUGUGUCGGUAAAUCACUCCUGCUGCACUUCUCAGGAUAUGUUGAUGCCAGCAAGCAAACCCCUGUGUUCACAGUAUUGGUAAUUGUUCUUUUCAAAGAAUUAGCUGUAUUGUUUCAAUCCUAUUUUCUUCAAACUGCCAUAAACCAGCAGUUCUGUGUACACUGCAUUGCACACAGUGUUCAGAUGUAUGCAAUAAUGUUCUUACUGUGAAAUUGCUUUGCAGACACGUUACUUCCAGAAUGAAUAAAACCUCCAUUCUCUUUCGUGGCUCC